AUGGAUCGGCGUAUACAUAGUAAAUUAGUCCAUUGUAAGUCUAAUGGAGUACUCUCUGGAAUACACUUAGGAGUGGGAGGAAUUGCCUGGCUUAUUUCUGGCUUGAUUGUUGCGAAUUAUAAGAUAUGGUGCUCAGAUAUGUACUGGGGAGUGGUUUUGGUUAUUAAAGAUCAGAUAGAAGAGGAUCUUUCUGGCUUAUCUUUGUUGGUAUUUUUGGGAAUUAAUGUUUUACGAUGGCUAGCUGUUUGUUUGGUACCGGCCAAUCUAUCUUAUCGCUCUUUUUUAGGACUAGUAGGACUAGGGGUGACUUUAGAGACUUUGUUAUGUUUCUAUCGAACUACUGGGUUUAUAGGACUUGUUUUGCGAUACUUGAGUGUUACUCAGCUUAUGAAAGGUAUUUCUUACUUAUUGGUGCGACAGGAAGAGUUAGACCAGAGUUUAGAACGGACUGAGAUAGAGGGACUUAAAUGUAAAACACAAUUAUGGAAGUUUAUUCUCUAUCCGACUUUUUGUUAUCAAGAAAGUUAUCCUUAUGCCGCUAAGAUUUCUAAACUUCAUGUGGUGAUUUAUGGGCUGAUGUUGAUGCCUUUAAGUGUUUUGUCUUAUGUAGCUUUGGUAAUUAGAGGAGGUAUUGCUUAUGCUGAGUUUUAUCUCUUUCCUCGGCUAUUUACUUAUGUGAACGUAGUAAUGUGGGUUAAUAUUGGCUGGCUGGCUGCUUUCUUGCUAGUAUUUGUGGCUCUUUUUGGGUUACAGGGAGAACUGACUGGAUUUGCUGAUAAGGAAUUCUUUGGAAGUUGGUGGGACUGUAGUACAGUAGAGUACUGGCGAGCUUGGAACUUCAUGGUGCAUAACUGGGUGAAGAGACAUGUGCAUCGGCCCUUUUUGAAACGGAAUAUUAGUUUGCGGAUGAGUAAGAUAAUAGUGUUUUUAGUCAGUGGGAUAGUACAUGAGUAUAUUUUUGAUGAUUGCUUGGGAUGCCGUGGAUUGGGGUUGUUUACAAUGCUUAUUCAAAUUCCUCUGGGCAGUGCUUCUUCUUUAGCACAGCGGACUUUAGGCUUGAAUGAGAACUUGUUCACUAUCAUUGCUUUAAAUUUGAUUGGAGCCCCCAUUAUGUCGAUGUUAGUUCGAUGGAAAUAA